AUGACAAUCGCGACAAAAGUGAAAACAAGCAAAAAAGAUUUGGAAACCAUCAAGGUUCCAGAACUUCCAUCAGUUGCCGCUCUUAAGGCUGCAAUUCCAGAGCACUGCUUUGUCAAGGAUCCUCUGAUUUCCAUUUCUUAUCUUAUCAAGGAUUAUCUCCUUCUUGCUGGUUUAUACUUUGCAGUUCCAUACAUUGAGCAUUAUCUCGGAUGGAUUGGUCUCUUUGCCUGGUACUGGGCUAUGGGAAUCGUUGGAUCUGCUCUUUUCUGUGUUGGACAUGACUGUGGUCAUGGAUCAUUCUCCGAUUACGAGUGGUUGAACGAUCUCUGUGGACAUCUUGCCCAUGCUCCAAUUCUUGCUCCAUUCUGGCCAUGGCAAAAAUCUCAUAGACAACAUCAUCAAUACACUUCUCAUUUGGAGAAAGAUAAGGGACAUCCAUGGGUUACCGAAGAGGACUAUAACAACAGAACCGCCAUUGAGAAGUACUUCGCCGUUAUUCCAAUUUCCGGAUGGUUGCGUUGGAAUCCAAUCUAUACCAUCGUCGGUCUUCCAGAUGGAUCUCAUUUCUGGCCAUGGUCCAGACUUUUCGAAACCACCGAAGAUCGUGUGAAGUGCGUUGUUUCCGGAGUUGCCUGCGCCAUUUGCGCUUACAUUGCAUUUGCUCUUUCUGGCUACUCUGUCUACACUUUCGUCAAGUAUUACUACAUUCCACUUCUCUUCCAAGGACUCAUUCUUGUCAUCAUCACAUAUCUUCAACAUCAAAAUGAGAACAUCGAGGUUUACGAGGCUGAUGAGUGGGGAUUCGUUCGUGGACAAACCCAAACCAUUGACAGACAUUGGGGAUUCGGACUCGACAACAUCAUGCACAACAUCACCAACGGACACGUCGCCCAUCACUUUUUCUUCACCAAAAUUCCACAUUACCACCUGUUGGAGGCCACUCCAGCCAUUCAGAAAGCUCUCGAACCACUGAAAAACACUCAGUACGGGUACAAGAGAGAAGUCAACUACGACUGGUUCUUCAAGUAUCUCAGUUAUAACGUGACCCUCGAUUAUUUGACCCACAAAGCGAAGGGAGUUCUUCAAUACAGAACCGGAGUCGAGGCGGCUAAAGCCAAGAAGGCUCACUAA